AUGGCUCCGACCCCGUCCAACCAGACCGCCGGCGUGUCGCCCGCCUGCCAAGUCCAGGGCUUCGACGACCUGGCCGACAAGGUCGAGAGCGGCUACGCCGGCAUGCCCACCACGCCCAAGGCCACCACUCCGCUCUACCCCAACGAGGACACGCCGCGGGGCCUCGCCCGCUUCGCCGUCGAGAGCGUGCACCUGCGCGAGUGCUUCGCCGAGUUCCUCGGCACCUUCGUCAUGAUCCUCUUCGGCAUGGGCGUUAACAACCAAGUGACCAACUCGGAGCUCGAGAAGGGCACGUGGCUCAGCAUCAACAUUUGCUGGGGCAUCGGCGUCAUGAUCGGCGUCUACUGCUCCGAAGGCAUUAGCGGCGCCAACCUCAACACCGCCGUCACGCUCGCGCACUGCGUCUACGGCCGCCUGCCGUGGUGGAAGGCUCCGGGUUACAUGAUCUCGCAGCUCCUGGGGGCCUUCUGCGGCGCCUUUUGCAUUUGGGUCAUGCAGUGGCAGAACCUGAACGAGAUCGACCCCAACCGCGAGACCACGCAGAGCAGCUUCGCCACGUACCCGCGGGACAACAUCUCCAACUACACGGCCUUCUACACCGAGUUCGUCGGCACGGCCAUGCUCGUCAUGAGCAUCUACGCCAUCACGGACACCAAGAACCGCCCCGCCGGCAAGUACGGCAACGCCUUCGCGUUCGCCCUCAUGAUCAUGGCGCUCGGCAUGGCCUUCGGCAUGAACACGGGCUACGCCGUCAACCCGGCGCGUGACCUGGGCCCGCGCAUCUUCACGGCCAUCGCCGGCUGGGGAUCGAAGGUCUUCACGCUGCGUCACUACUACUUCUGGAUCCCGAUCGUGGCCGAUUCGCUGGGCGGCGUGUGCGGCGCGGGUCUGUACCGCCUGUUAGUUGAGAUCCACCACCCG